AUGUCGAAACCCAGUCCCGUCUGGGAGGAUUCCGUCUUCGGCAUCGUCGUCAACAAGCUCUCCAAGGGCAAGGUCUUUGUCCGUCCCGAAGAGGCGCCCGGCUACCAGGUGCCCGAGCGGUACCAGGCCGGCUACAAGACCCGACUCGCCCAGCAGGGAUCUGGCUUGCGUUCCCAUCAGCAGCAGCAGAACGGCUCCACCCUCGAACCGCCAGCCCGAACCGACAGCGAUACCAGCACGCCGCUACGUAGCCCGUCGAGCAGCCCGAGCCAUUCCAGUCACGGCAGCCAUGCUCUCGAGCACAGCGAAAAGGCGGCGACCGGCGGCGCUGGCGGCGGCAGCUCGUCGAAGGACAUCGAGUCGCCUCCGGAAAAGGGUGACGAAAACGACCCCUACCUCGUCACCUGGAACGGUCCCGAUGACCCAGAGAACCCGCAGAACUGGCCCACGACGCGCAAGGCCUUCACCGUCGCCCUCAUCUGCCUGCUCACGACGAGCGUCUACAUGGGCUCGGCCAUCUACACGCCGGGCGUCAUGGGCCUGGCGCAGUGGUUCGGCGUGGGCACCGUGACGGCCACGCUGGGCCUGACGCUCUUCGUCGUCGGCUACGGCAUCGGGCCCAUGAUUGGCCUGAGCGCCAUGUCCGAGAUCCCCUCGAUCGGCCGCGCGCCGCCGUACGUCGCGACGCUCGCCAUCUUUGUCAUCCUCCAGAUCCCCACGGCGCUCGUGUCCAACAUCGCCGGCUUCAUGAUCCUCCGCUUCCUCGCCGGCAUCUUUGGAUCGCCCCCGCUCGCCACGGGCGGCGCGUCGAUGGGCGACAUGUUCCCCGUCCGCCGUCUGCCCGUCAUGCUCGGCGUCUGGGGCAUGGCCGCCGUCGCCGGCCCCGUCCUCGGCCCGCUCAUCGGCGGCUUCGCAUCCCAGGCCUACGGCGCCGAGGGGUGGCGAUGGACCAUCUGGCCGCUCCUCAUGCUUUCGGGCUUCACUCUUGUGGUCCUCAUCUUCCUCAUGCCCGAGUCGUCGGCGUCCAACAUCCUCGCCAAGCGCGCCAAGCGCCUGCGCAAGGUGACGGGCAACCCGCACCUGCGCUCCGAGGGCGAGCUCGAGGAGGCGGCCAUGACGGGCCGCGAGAUUGUCAUGAUGACGCUGGUGCGCCCAUUUACCCUCACCUUUUUCGAGCCCAUCGUGCUGAGCAUCUGCCUGCACAUCGGCCUCGUCUACGGCAUCCUCUACCUCUGGUUCGAGGCCUUCCCGAUCGUCUUUAUCGAGACGUACGGCUUCAAUUACGGCGAGAUGGGCAUCGCCUUCCUCGGCAUCGCCGUCGGCUCGCUCCUCGGCUUCGGCGCCUUCUUCAUCUGGGACCACCUCUACUACCAGCCCCUCUACGACCGCCUCGAGGGCAAGGUGCCGCCCGAGCAGCGUCUGUGGCCGGGCAUCGUCGGCGCCUUUUGCAUCCCCAUCUGCAUGUUUGGCUUCGGCUGGACCUCGACGGCCUCGAUCCACUGGAUCGUGCCCAUCAUCUUCAGCCUCUUUUUCGGCGCGGGCACCUUUGGCCUCUUCAACGCCGGCCUGGGCUACCUCGGCGAGGCCUAUCCGCUCUACAUUGCCAGCGUCUUUGCCGGCAACGACUUUGCGCGCGCCAUGAUCGGCGGUGCGCUGCCCCUCGUCGCCCGCGCCAUGUUCAACAACCUCCAGGCCAACGGGCCCGAAGCCUUCCCCGUCGCCUGGGGCAGCACCCUGAUGGGAUGCAUCUCGGUCGCCAUGAUCCCCAUCCCCAUCAUGCUCUACGUCUACGGACCCAAGCUGCGCGCCUGGUCCAAGCACUGCGCCUCGCCCGACGACGCAAAGUACCACGGCGGAUCCGGCCGCAGCAGCGAGAAGAAGGAGCUGAAGCAGGAGGCCUAG